UUUGGCUCGGCGAGUUGAUUGAAAGCUUCGUGUAAUUAUUUUUUUAUCAAUAUCUAAUAAAAUUCGCAUUUUGGCGAUGGCGAUACGGUGUGUAGUUAAACAAAGCAAUAAAACGUAAAUUUUAGCUUUACUUUGAAUGUAAGUUGAGUUAAAAUGUGUUCCAUUUGAGAGGAUCAUGAGCGAAAGCGUAGCAGAAUGUACCGAAAAACUAGAUCCCAGGGUCCAGAUCGAGUUGGAACGCCUAAACACAGCUACAGAUGAGAUCAACCGCCUUGAAGUAGAACUGGAUGAAGCCAGGCUCGCUUUCCGCAGACUCCUGGCAGAAGGGCAUCUGAGAAUACAGCAGCUCACUAAGAAACUUGGCACCAGUGUUCACAAAGCAAGGCCUUAUUAUGAAGCACGAUUUAGAGCUAAUAUUACAUCACAAGAACUGCAGGCAGCUAACCUUGCUUACGACAAAGCGAACAGCGCGCACGCAGCCGCCCGGGAGAUGGUGUACCUGGCUGAGCAGGGCCUGGCCAGACUGGCCGAGGGCUCCGGCGGCCUCACACUGGACCCCGCUUGGCAGGAGAUGCUCAACCAUGCCACACAUCGCGUCAACCAGGCGGAGUCGGAUCGCGCGGCGGCGACGGUGACGCAGCGCACGAAGGCGGCGGCGCACCGCGCGGCCUCCGCGCUCGUGCAGCAGCUGCAGAACGGGCUCAAGCGACACAUCGCCAAGUCGCGGCCAUACUUCGAGGAGAAGGCUAGAAUAAACUCCGCGCUGGAGGGUCAGAAGGCUCGCAUACAGACCCUGGAGGUGCAAGUGUCAGACGCUAAACAGAAGUACUCCUCAGCUUUGAGGAACUUAGAGAGGAUAUCUGACGAAAUCCAUCGACACCGGUCCAGGAGACAGUCCACCAGGAAUGACGUGGACCGCUCCACGAUCACGGACACGGCGAGCGAGUCGAACGCCAGCGAGACGCUCGAGGAGUUGUGCGCGCACGACAGCGACGAGCACGUCCGCGAGUGGCUGCGGCGCGCCGACCGCAGCGACCCCGACACGUGGACCGAGAUCGACCUGGACUACUCCAGCCCUGAGGAGAUCAGUUUCGAGAAGUGCUCGCUCCGGCCGCGCUCGACCCCCGAGAAGUCGUCGCCGCCCAGUCCGAUGGAGACCAAGGUGUCUGCGGCUUCUCCCCGGCGCAUCAUCAGGACAGCGGACCGCAGCGCCGCGCUACGCGCUGAGCUGGAGCGGGGCCGGCGGCAGAGUCUCGACACGCUGUUCCACGACACGGGGGAAAAGGUCAAGGAGAUGUUCCAAGGUCUGUCGCUGUUCGGCGAGCGACGCGGCUCGGGCUCGGCGCCGCGCACGCCGCGCCGCUCGUCGCCGCGCGCGCGCCGCUCGCCCGCGCCCGACGGCGCCUCGUCCACGUCCGACGAGCGCUACUCCGACACCGACAGUCUCACCAGUAUGGAAAUGUUGAGCGACGACCAAAUAGCGUCGCUGAUGCUCGACGCGCAGCUGGAGGCGGUGUGCGAGCGGCUCGCCGGCGUCGCCAGGAUGCCGCGCUCGCCGCAGUCGCCCGAAGCCAGAUAUUGAACCUUAACUACUCAUUAAUAAGGUACAAUUUUUUAUGACGUCGUUCCAAAGAAGCGGUACAAUGUCUAUUGAAAUAUAUUGAACCUUAACCACUUACCUUAAGACGUCGUUUCAAGAUCACGGGUACAAUGUCUAUUGAAAUACCAGAUUUUGAACCUUAACUACCCUCUAUUAAGGUACAAUUUUGUAUGACGUCGUUUCAAGGAAGCGGUACAAUGUCUAUUGAAAGAUAUUGAACCUUAACCACUCUCACUUAAAGUACAAUUUCUUUUACGAGGUUGUUUCAAGGUCACGGUACAAAGACCAUAUUUUGAACCUUAACUACUCUCGUUUAAGGUACAAUUUUGUAUGACGUCGUUCUAAACCAGCGGAAUGUCUAUUGAAAUACAUAUAUUGAACCUUAAUCGCUCUUAGUUAAAGUACAAUUUUGUAUGACAUCAUUUCAAGGUCACGGUCUAUUGAAAUUGACUAUAAAAUAACUGAGUACGUCACAGUCAAUUGAGGAGCUGACAAAUUACAUUUAUCAAAUGCAAUACUUCAUUUCAUAAAAGAAUAGAGGUACGAAUGUCUAUUAUAAAACGAAACAAAACGUUCGGACAUUUUUCUCUAAUAUUGUCGAUAGAAGCACAAUUAUCCGCCCACUUUAAUAUGACGCGAGUAUAUUAAAGUGGGCGGAUAAUUGUGCCUCUGAGUAUAUUAUCGACAUAAGCGCUGUACUGCGCGUUGCCAUAGGAUUAAUAAGGAAGAGAGAGCACCAUUCACUUCACUCUAUAAGUUUAAUACUUUAAAAUUUAUUGAGGUAGGAUAUGCAGGGAAAUUCUAUCUAUAAAUAUUAUCUUUCCUUACAAACAUUAUUUACAAGAAACACAUCACAAGACCGCAUUCCAAGUUUCUCUGUUCCUUAGGUAAUGAAACAGAAUAAAGUAACAAUGUAUGAAAUGUUAAAAUCUGGUGAACCUGUUAACCUGAAAUGAUUGUGGGAUAUUUUCAUCGUCUAUCCUCUACAUUAUUUAUUCACAUGAAUAAAUAAUGUAGAGGAUAGACGACAAAGGAACAGAGAGAGUAGGAGGUAGAGAAGUUACCCCCCGCACCUGCCUCUGUCGCCUGCCUUAAGUACACAGUUUAUAGUUUGCAAAGUUCAUCAAAAAGUAUUAGGUUACGACCACACUACUGUAAAAUCUAGUGAUACAGGCAAAAACACUGAUUAUUAUUAAUUCGGUAAAUAGAUGAUGUAAGGUAAAUUAGUGUGGCCGUAGCAUUAGAAAAUGAGAUUUUCCGUUAAGUAUAGUAGCACUGCCAUAAAUAAUUUAUGCCUUCAUGAUAUUUUGUAGUCGACUACAAAUUGUUGGUCCUCCGAACGGGAUAUUUCCAUUAAAUGAACAUGGCCCCAGGGUCACUUUUGCAAUAAUAAAUAUAAGAUAUUUUUAAUAGGUAUAAUUAUCAUCUUGUAAUAAAUAAGUAUAUUUAGAAUCACAAUAACUUGCCAUAGCUCACUUGCCAUAGUAUUGCCAAGUAGUUCGGUAACAUUCACACUAAAAUUAUAUGACAAAGUAAAAAUCAACAAUUAUUAAUAAUAUUUAAGCACGAAAUGAUGACAUUUAAGUGUAGACUUUUUUAUAUAAUUUAAUAAAGUUCCUUAGGCAAAAAUAAGAUAAAAAUUAUUAGAACAGAAAUUAAUUUUAAUAAAAAAAAAACGAUAAAUUUGUUCAUUAAAACGGUCCGAAAAGAAAUCCUCACCAUAUUUUUACACAUACAGAUAAAUAAGAUUAUUUGUUCUUUUCACUCGUUUUGAUAAUGAAAGGUGCAAAUUAACAAGUAGAUAAAUUACGUGUAAUUGAAAGGAAUUGAGUGCUUAUAUCAAUUAUUAUAAAGUACACAUUAGCUUAUACACUCUAGCUUAGAAAUCACUUGCAAUAAAAUGAUAAUAAAUUUGUGUGUCCUGUGUUGUAGUGUUGCUUAAGGGUAAUAGCACACAUAUCAACUCGGAAAGGAAUCGUCACUGUAUCGUUACGGUUUGUGAGGCGAGGCGAUGACAGUACGAUUCCGAUUAGUGUUUUAUUAUAGUAAGGAGUUUCAUUAAAUAUUACUGGACAACUCAAGUUGAUACGAUGGCGAUGCCCGGCCGAGUUGAUAUGUUUGCUAAUAAUAAUGCUCGUUUUAGGGUUUAUUUACACGAACAGCACAUUGCCAAUGGCAGCUGGCAACUGCAAGUUGACUGCAGCCAAGACGUAGCCGACUGCAGUCGUUUGUAGCAGUUUUUGCUAGUGAAAAUGAACCCUUAGGGUCAAUUGGCCUAUUUGUAUGUAAGACUUCUGUUUAUAGUUUUAGGACAGUCUUUAAGGAGAACAUAUUUAGAUGCGCCUUAGGCCUUAAUCACUUAUGUGUUCAACAGUUGAUAUAUAUAAUAUAAUAAUAUCACUGUAUGAUUGUGAACAUCACUGGUUUAUAAACUGAUUGAAAAAUGUGUCAACAAACCCUUUACAUAUAUUCGAGAGUUUAUGAAGAACAAACUAACCUCAAUUAAACCUAAUAGCAGAGUAAGAACUAAUAUCCAUACUUUUUCGUUAAUUUAUAAACCAAUGAUGUGUGAAUUGUUGACUUUGUACUGCAAAGUAUUCUAUAUUUGACUAGCAAAAGUAUAAUAAUUUUGUUUACUAUUUUCACAAGAAAACAAAAUUUAGUUCCCAAAAUUUUCGCAAUAGUGCCUAUGGAAAGAAAUGGGAAUAUAUAUUGUGAUUUUUGUUAGUAUAAUUAAUAUUUAAAAAUUAAUAUCAUCGAGGCGACAUAUUUUCUGUUGAAGCAGUAGCAUUUUUUUGAUAUUGGCCUCGUUAAGGCCGUAUCUUACAGACGAUUUUAUAGCUUAGCAACUUCGUUCAUAACACUCCCGCGGGCCGAGGGGCGUGUAGCGAUGAACGAAAAAUCCACGACUGAUCCACGUUACUUCCCCGCAUGCACGAUUUCACACCCGCGCAGUCUUUCCCCCUGUCGCCCGCAUAUCAUGGGAGUGUUAUCAACGAACUUGCCAGACUAUAGGUACUCAAUAUUCUCAUAAUUUGUCACAUUCUAUAUAUGUAUUUAUGAGUGAGUCCUCACCUGCGCACUACAGGGAUGUGGGGUAAGACGACAUAAGGGAGAGAGGAGAUGGUGGGGGGCAGCACGCCUGGCAAUUAAUUGAUGUAGAAUGCGCUUGCCGCCCGCUCCUCGCUCAUGACGUCAGAGGGGUGUGACAUCAUACCCCUCAUCCCUCUGCCGCGCAAGCAGUGAGCAAGGACUGAGUUUUGCCGUUUGCCUAUAGCUAAAUAAAUCUUUUUUGGUAUGGCUUGGGCAAAUAUGAAUAAUACAUAGUUUUCGAUGCAUUUUUUGUUAGACACGCGUAUUUUUUACCAGUAUUAGUAUAGUAUUACUAGGUUUAUUUUCUACAUUUUAAGUAUUUAUUAAUUUCAAUUACAAAGGACCUCGCAGAAAAUUUUUAUUGAUUUAUUUUAUCAAACCAAAUGAUUAUUAUCUCUUUAUUUAAGUAUAUUUUGCACGUUAAAAUAAGACCCAUUAUUUUUUCAUUUAACUUUUUCUCAAAUUGUAAAAAGUAUAAAUAUAUAUAAGUAUAUUAUACGUACCGACUGGAGAUAUGAAGAUACGAUUCAAGUAAUAUUUAUUUUAUGUAAGUUUUUAGAUUCCUCGUUUCCGUUGAACUGUUUGUGAAAUUAGGUUACUUGUCUUCCAAAAAUAUAAAUUUAUCCUCGUUAAAUAUCGAAAAAGGUGUUUUCAAAUGUCUUAUCUAUAAUGUAUAUGGAUAUGGCUGAUAGACUACAAAGCAAAAAUAUGGCUGUAAAAUUCAUUACUUAUUUGGUAGAAUGUAUGAAUAUGUUAAUCCAAAAAAUAUAUAUUUUUUAACAGCUGCCUUUUAAUUUAAAAGCGGCGGUGUAUCUAUUUUUUUUUAAACUUAUCAACUUAAUACAUUCACAUAAAUGUGCUUGUGUGAAACACAAUGCUUGAAUGGAAAUGAAGAUGUGAUUUUAAAUAUUUUUUUGUACAUCCCGUUCUUCGCUUCAUAAACACUACAGUUCAUUUCAUGUAGGAUGGUGCGGGUGACAGUUCGUUUCACUCUUGAAAGUUUGCCGCUAUUCACAAACGCAACAUUUUACAUUUUACGCAAGCACUGUGUUAACUUGGCAGAUAAAAAAAAUAGAUAUAGCCUAUAUUUUCCGGAAAGUCCGUUUGACGUUGAAUGUAGUUGUAAGAGGACAUACCAAGCGCGUUUGUGUGUGUUGUGUGUACUCAAGGUUUGUUUCGUCUAAACACGCCUUCAGUUUUACUCACAAACACACUCAACUGUUUACUGUAAAACGCUUGCUUGUUAACCUUACCACUAAAAUGUUUUUCAGAUAGCAUGGUGACAGUUGCCUUAUGACGUUCAUAAUACGUACUAUUAUCGUAAAUCGCGGCAAACUUUCAAGAGUGGAACGAACUGUCAUCGCACCCAUGCUAUGUGAAAAAUACUAUACAUCUAAAAAUAUACUUCCAAAAGUACCUGUACAUAUGUAUUAACUUUCAGACUAUGUAAUUUAACACAAAACUAUUAAACUAUCUUUAUCAACAUUUUAUUUUUGCACAUUACAUAAUAAAUUGAAUUUUCUCGUAUAAUAAAAUAUGAAUAUGAUAGUGGCGGUUAUCUAAUUAUACGUGAUAGGUAUGUAUGAGUUGUACGAUUUAAAUAAAUUAAUAAAUAGAUGAUAGAAUAAAGCAAAGAAGCUGGAAUAAAUUCCGAGAGAAUUCCUACAAUGUUAAGAGAAAUUAAAAAAAAUUAUAUUUUAGGCGUGGCGCUAUGCGUGAUUGAUAAUCUUAUUUUCUGCACUUUUAUUCACCGUUUAUCAUUAUCAAUCCAUAUUCGGCUCACUGCUGAGCUCGAGUCUUUAAAUGAAAAGGGUUAGGCCGAGAGUCCACCGUGCUGGCCCAAUGCGUAUUGGCACACACACGCAGAGAAUUAAGAAAAAUCUCUGGUAUGCAGAUUUCCUCACGAUGAUUUUUUCCUUCACUGAUUGAGACACAGUUAUUUUUAUUAAUAUUAAAUAAAUAAUAAUAUUAAAUACGGUAGAUUUCAAAAUUUAAAUUGACAAUUUCAAUUUUGAAAUCUACACACACACAGAAAAAUCUCCUUAGUGGCUUCUCCAUUUAUGUGACAUUGGUGAGACAAACUGUGCCCAGUCACAAAUUAAAGACAUAAAGAAGAAUUGUAUUGAAUUUUCUUUUUAUAUUUACCACAGUUGUCUAUGGCAGGUCAACUAGUGAAUAGCAAUAAUUGCUGAUAGAUAAAUCGUCUUCGUUGCUUUAUUCUGUUUGGAUAAGCAUAAUCAAUAGCUGUAACAAUAAAUCAAUUGUUAUUUAGUAAAGUAAUAAGUAGAACACUAGUUUGUAAGGAUUUAAUACGCUUCGAGUUGCGCUCGCACAAAUGUUUUGUGAUGCAAACGUAAUGUUUGAUGUAAGGUCCCGACUUAUAACGACCAUCGUUGUGUUUUUCUCAAUUAUUAACAUAUCUAAAUGUGAAUAGUUGAGAAAAACUCAACAAAAAUUGAAGGAAUAUUAGCAGAAUACAAGCUUAUAAUUAUUAUUAUCUGUGAAUGGUCGAUAAGCAACUGUGUAAACAGUUCGUACUGUGUAAACUAAACUACUACAUCCUUAUUAAUUGAUUAUAUUAAUUGACUAACAUUCACGUGAAGAAGGAUGUAGUAGUUUAAAUUUUAAAAUACUACAUCCUUCUUGCAGAAAUAAAAAAACCAAAUACAAUUUCAUUUAAACAUAUGUAUAUAUUUAAAUAUUUCAAUUACGAAAAAAAUAAAGAAUAAAUUAAGCAAGCGGUGGGAACUUUUCAUAAGUAAUAACUUCUUAACAUUGUCAAAUUUAAUAAAAUAUUAUAUUAACUACUAUUUAUUUUUGGUCAACUUAUAAAUUAAACACAAUGGUUGUUAGCUGGUCGGGAUUUUGUAUAAGAAUAUCCAUUUGAUAGUAAUAAAUAAUAAUUAGGUACGUUAUAUUGAAUUCAUGAAAAUUAUUGAACGAAAAAUUAAUAAUAAUCUACUUCUAUAGUUUUAUUAAAUUAGUCUAAAUAGAUUUAAUUAGUCCAUGACAACAUGAUAUCGCAUUAUUUAUCGAUUAUUUCUACAUGACAAGUCUUUUGAAAGGUAUAUUUAUUUGGUCGAUAUAUUUUUUUACAAUUUAAUUUAUACUGUAACUGUCCGAUUUAAAAUAAGGGUCAUGGCACACAUAUCAAUCCAGAAAGGAAUCGUCACCGUAUCGCCACGGGACAAGCUCACGAAUCGCGACGAUACGGUGACAAUUCCAUCCCGAAUUGAUAUAUGUGCUAUUACCCUAAAUCAGCAAAAAUAUAACUAGAUAAAAAGGGAAAUAAGUAACUAACAUGAAAAGUAAUUUUUUAUCAAAUAUAGAAAAAAUGUACUUUUUGAACAGUUGGCAGUUUUUUUUUAAUCAUGAGCACCUUGAGAGAUGUAUGUAUAUAGUUUGAUGCUUUUUGUAACAUGCAAUACAGUAGAUAAGUUAAACAUAUCCAAUAUAUUUAAAUAGAUCUAUUAAUUGCAGAAUCUCAACAUUUUUAUAUGAUUAAUUUUUUGAUAAUUAAUUCAGACCUUAUUUUAAAUAAUAUUAAAUUUAAGUUUUAAUAAUACUCAGUAUUAUAAUUUAUUUUCUAAUUAGUUUUUGUGUAUAUGUAUUUUGACUGUAUUCGGAAAAAAGAAAACUUUUUAAAUGCUUACUUUAAUUAGGCACUAUUUCCUAGAGUUUUCAUUGUAUUUAUAAAAUAUUACUGUGGUACAAUAAUAUUUUAUAAAUUUAUGGGUUUACUAUAAAAAAAACUAUAAAUAAACAAGUAAAUUGACAUAAUAUGUGACUUCUAUGUUAACGGAAUUUUUUCGUUACUACAUGUUUGUUGUAACAAAAAGUUUGCUCUAACAUUUAUAUCGUCGCUACAUUAUCAAGAAUUUAACUAAAUAUAAUAAAUUAAAUUAAAUUCUGUAAAAUCACAAAUAAUGUUUUUUGUUUAUGAUGAAUUAGUUUUUUUUUUGUUUUGUGUACAACCAAUGCUUUCAGAUUGCGUUCAAUCAAGUUGCGUGCAUUUUAUAUAGGCUAUAAACUGUAUACCCUAAAGAUAUCUUCCCAGUUAUUAUAAUCAUGAGCCGUGAUAGCCCAGUGGACAUGACCUCUGCUUCCGAUUCCGGAGGGGGUGGGUUCGAAUCCGGUCCGGGGCAUACACCACCAACUUUUCAGUUAUGUGCAUUUUAAGAAAUUAAAAAAACGUGUCUCAAACGGUGAAGGAAAACAUCGUGAGGAAACCUGCAUACCAGAGACUUUUCUUAAUUCUCUACGUGUAUGAAGUCUGCCAAUCCGCAUUGGGUCAGCUUGGUGGACUAUUUUCCUAACCCCUCUCAUUCUUGGAGGAGACUCGAGCUCAGCAGUGAGCCGAAAAUGGGUUGAUAAUGAUGAUGAACCCUGGACACAAUCUUCAACGCAACUUGAACGCAUGGGUUAUUAAUUGUCAUGUUUAAAAAUACAGUCAAAAUUAAUUUGUGUGUCUAAUUUUUAAUUAUAAUAAGAGAUACGCGAAAAAUAGCUUUAAAACGUUAUUUAUUUGAGCGUUGUGAUAUUAUCUGUACAAACGUUUAGCCAUAACAGAGUUGUCGAGCUGGUGGUAACCGUGCCAACUUCACAGGGGACAGACAGACAGAGGGGACGAAAGAGUUGGUUCAUGAAUUAAAUGAUAUGAUGAUAAAUGUACAAUAGGCCAGUUGAUACUUUUUUUUAAAUGGUCUUAAAUUGAUCAUUAUCAUUCUAUAAGAUAGAAAAAAAUAUAUAUAUUUGAGACGUGUUUAAAUGAACAUUUUAAUUUUUAAAUAUUUAUUUGACAGUACGAACCAAAACACUGGUGGUGGUUUAUUUAACUGCUUCAUGACGUAACGUAUACUAAUCCUUUACCAAAUGGAGCGAUUGAAAAAAUAUUAAUAAUUAGUUUGACGUUUAUUCAUGAAGUAACGUUGUGACGUCACAAAAUGGACGACAGCGUUUUUGACGUUUGGAAAAUUUAAAAAUACAUGAUUUUCAAAUUAAGUUUUAUAAGAAAUCCUUAACUUUUAUUAAUUGAUAUCGAGAUAUUUCGAAACCUUAUUACAUACACGAAAUGAAUAUUGUUUAUAUUAAAUCUGUUAAGAGUCAAUUUACCCUAUGACCUGCUCUUGUUCCUCCCCUCUGUCGUCAUACCCCGCACCUUGGACUGCGCAAGGACUCUAGUUCUAGUUUGUCUAUGGCCACUCGCACUACAGGAAGAAAAUUUUUUUAGUGCGGAUAUUUUUAUAUUUUGUACAUAAACAAAAUUUAAUGAUCACGUAUUUUUUCUUUUUUUUUUUAACUCAAAAAUAACAAAAUUAUCGUUAGCUAAAAUUAUUUACUUUUGAACAGAAUUUUAGGGUCACCCUAUUGUGCGUUUAUUUUAUUUUCGUUUGAUACCUAAAGGACGUCACCAGAUCACUUUUAAGCUGAAUAUAUCUUGUUUAGUAAUAAUAUGUACAUUAUUUUGUUAUUUUAGAGACAUAAAUUAAAAAAAAAAAUUACAUAAAAUGUAUCGAACUGUUUGCAGAUUUAUAUUCUAUUAAUGAUACAGAACCACGAAAAAAAAUAUCCGCACUAAAGACCGAAUCACCCUGUAUGUUCAGACCGGUGUUAUAAUUUGGCUUGACUGCUACAAAUUGGCGCGUUUAUUACCAGCGUACCCAAUGUACAUAUUGUGUUGAAUGACUUGCCUUCAGAUGAAUAAAGUAGUUAUAAACA